AUGACGUGUGAAAAUGCUCUAUUCUGCAAACCAUCAGACAUGAAAGACAAGAAUUUCCAAAUGAGUAUUAAGGAUAAAUGUGAUAGGAAACAUAGAAGAAUAGACGGUAAACAAACAUGGUGUUAUGUUUUGAAAGAAGAAAUGAAAGGAUUAUAUAAACAGGUUGAACCAAACGAUAAUGAGGAUUCAUUUACUGACGAUGAAAUACCCGUAAAUGAAGCUUUAUAA